CUCUGUCUCUCUCUCGUGCGCGUGUGUGCGCGCUCGUGUUCGUGCGUUUUCUUUCAUUUCUACCGUUAGGAAACUCGUUCAGGGCCACUGAAAACUCAGGAGAGGCUCAGAUCUUAUUUCCCAUGGAUUCCUGCCUUUCCCGAAACGCUGCCACCAAAUAAGUAUGCGAGCGUUUAUUUUGGCGAGACAAUUAACCCCUGCCAAAAAAUAAACCACAGGAGGAAAAGGAAGGACAGGCUGGAAGACGAGGAAGCUGCCAGGAUUCGCUGGUGGAGAAAGUGCGGUUUGGGUUUGGCCGCGGAGCUCCAGUCCCCUGACUUCAGCACCGGAGGGGAUGGACAGCGUCUCGGGACUGGGCAGCAGCCUCAGGGACCUAACUGCGCUGCCGCCCCCGCCGCUACUGUCCUUGCUGCCGAUGUCGUCGCCACGGGCAGCUGAGUACCAGGCUUCUCGCAACUAAAAGGCGGUGCCUGCUAAUAGCCCCUGCCUCCCUGUCCCCUUCUUUGAUGGGCGAAAACUGACCCCCCCCCAUCGUGCUACACCUGGGCACCGGGCUCUGAGUACGCUUGCUCCAGUUAAACUCUGAGCAGCAACUUCAAGAAUAAUUUUUCUUUAGGGGGCUGGGAGGAAUGCAGGCAGAAGAGCGAAGUGGAAGUUCUUAGACGCACUGAGAAAUCAUGAGCUCUGCAGCAGGGGUUGAGAUACUCCAAGGCCCACAUUCUUGAAAUAGGCUGAAUGUUCCUGAGUGGAUUGCAACUAUUUUGGAAAUAGCUUUGUGAGAAGAAGUAGGAAAUCUACUCAAAAUCCUACCUUACAGAAACUGAAAAGAUUUGUUUCUGCUACUUGUCAGACUGCUUUCCAGAAUGCUAAAAUUGCCAGAGAAGUGAUCACAGCAAAGGAAAACAUUGCUCUACUUAAAAUCAAGUCUGUUUGCUUCUGACAAAGGAAUGUGGAAGUUCAACAGCUGUCAUAAGAGUCAUCUGUAUUCAUUGCAGUUCUGUCACUUUUUGCCUCACCUAUUUUAACGUUGUUUGUAUCCAUGGCUCCAGAACCUAUGGACCCAGUGGGCAGACUGUAUUCCUAAAUUUCAAAGAAUUCUUCUUUUCCAAUUUAUGCAGAAGUCAUUUUAAGACCACAUCCUUUGAGGUGCCAUAGCACAUGGAUUUCAGAACUGCCUGUGAGGAGACAAAGACAGGGAUUUGUUUGCUGCAGGAUGGUAAUCAGGAGCCUUUCAAAAUCCGGCUGCACCUAGCCAAAGACAUUCUGAUCAUCCAGGAGCAAGAUGUGAUAUGCGUGUCUGGUGAGCCUUUCUAUUCCGGUGAAAGAACGGUGACCAUCAGAAGACAAACUGUAGGAGGAUUUGGAUUAAGCAUAAAGGGAGGAGCAGAGCAUAACAUUCCAGUUGUCAUUUCAAAAAUCUCCAAAGAACAAAGAGCGGAACUUUCAGGGCUACUCUUUAUUGGAGAUGCAAUUUUACAGAUAAAUGGAAUUAAUGUGAGAAAAUGCAGGCACGAAGAAGUGGUUCAGGUUCUUCGAAAUGCUGGAGAAGAAGUGACCUUAACGCUGUCAUUUUUAAAAAGAGCACCUGCUUUCCUCAAACUCCCACUGAAUGACGACUGUACAUGUGCUCCAAGUGACCAGAGCAGUGGCACCUCCUCCCCUCUUUGUGACAGUGGCUUGCAUCUUAACUAUCAUCCCAACAACACAGACACGCUGUCGUGCUCCUCCUGGCCGACCUCCCCAGGCCUGCGGUGGGAGAAGCGAUGGUGCGACCUCAGGCUCAUCCCGCUGCUGCAUUCGCGCUUCUCACAGUACUUGGCUGGGACCGACCUGAGCCGGCAGAAUGCUUUUCAAGUCAUUGCUGUGGAUGGAGUCUGCAGUGGGAUUAUUCAGUGCCUCUCCACUGAAGACUCUGUUGACUGGCUACAAGCAAUAGCAACUAAUAUUUCAAACCUCACAAAGCACAAUAUUAAAAAAAUCAACAGGAACUUUCCUGUAAACCAGCAGAUAGUGUAUAUGGGCUGGUGCGAAAUGAGAGAGCAAGACCCCCUUCAAGACCGCAUCUAUUCUCCAACAUUUCUAGCCCUGAGGGGCUCAUGUCUUUACAAGUUUCUGGCACCUCCAGUGACCACUUGGGACUGGACCCGAGCAGAGAAAACAUUCUCAGUUUAUGAGAUUAUGUGCAAGAUUCUCAAGGACAGUGACCUGCUGGACCGGCGGAAACAUUGCUUCACUGUGCAGUCUGAAUCUGGGGAGGACCUCUACUUCUCCGUGGAGUUAGACAGUGACCUCGCCCAGUGGGAAAGAGCCUUCCAAACAGCCACUUUUCUAGAAGUGGAACGGAUACAGUGCAAGACAUACGCCUGUGUACUAGAAAGUCAUCUAAUGGGCCUCACAAUUGACUUUAGCACAGGAUUUAUCUGCUUUGAUGCUGCAACAAAGGCUGUACUUUGGAGGUACAAAUUUUCUCAGCUUAAAGGUUCUUCAGAUGAUGGCAAGAGCAAAAUCAAAUUUUUGUUUCAGAAUCCAGAUACUAAACAGAUUGAAGCAAAGGAGCUGGAAUUUUCAAAUUUAUUUGCUGUUCUUCACUGCAUUCAUUCAUUCUUCGCUGCCAAAGUGGCCUGUUUGGACCCUCUCUUCUUAGGCAAUCAGGCCACUGCUUCUGCUGCAGCCAGCUCUGCUACCACAAGCAAAGCAAAGUAUACGACUUGAUAUCCUGAGUUCUUUAGUGACACUUAACCAUGACAAGAUAAACAGAAUAAACAUAUUAGUUCUCUUACACCCUGAGAAGCCACAAUAAUAAGUCACCAGUGGAGUUGGAUUGAAAUUUCAGCAGAAAAAUAUCACGAGGCAUCUUAGACACAUUUCCAAUGCAGAAAGCAUCUGUAAAUUAUUCUGAGUGGGUAGACGACCCUGUUCUCAUCUGGUUGAUUAGUACGUAUACACUGCUUUCACCAAACGUGGAGACAAAAGAAUGAAUGAGAUGAAGAAUUGUGUAAAUAAUAUAAAAAUUGUAAGCUACCUAUAAAUAAAAAUGCCAAUCAAAUGGUUAUUUCUGUAUUUUAGAUUAUUUUGUAUGACAGAUACAUAUUGGGCCAGGACAUGAACUAAUGCCCUAUCAUUGAUUGUAUCACCAGUGUAAAGAGAGAAGAAGAAAAAAUGACAGCAAGGAGCAUGCAAAAAAAACUUCAUCAAAAAGGAAACACUUUAAUUUGCUGAUGUAAAAUUUUCCUUGUAUUCUCAUUCCACUGUUCUGCACCUGCUUUCUAAUGUUGCCUAUCUGAUUGUAAAAUAUUCUUAGGAACGCAUAAAAAUAAUCAUUCUGCCCUAUGACAGACACAGUAUAAACUGGACUACUUUUCUUUUUGUUCACUGUUACUAAAAUAUUUUCCUAACUGCCAGUGUCAACCAAACACCCCAAUAAUGUGUUACUUACGAAUGGUGGAACCAUUCAUGGAUCUCUUGUUCCUUCCUUCAUUUUAAACAGAUUUAUAUUUUGCCAAUGAAAUUUAUUAUCAAAUUAAAGUUUCAUAGAUUUUCAGUGACUCUAAAAAACUUUUAUAGAGAAAAUAACAUCAACAAAUAUCGUUAUAAGAAAUAGUUUUGUAACCCUAUCUCUACUAACUAAUGAACUGAGAUUCCCUUACAAAGUAGUCUCAAAGCUAAUUGAUAGUGAAAUAACAGUUUUGAGUGAUAUUUUAUUAGAAGAUAUGGUAAGAUUUGAAAAUAAAAAUUAAAAGCUGUAUCUUACCAUAUCAUGAAAAGUGAUUAACGCCAACCUAGGUAUUUUAUUUUUAGAUUGUAAAUAUGGAAAGAUUACAAAGUUGAAAGUCGUAGAGGUGUGCAUAUACAACUAGGAGACAAGGUAUUAUAUAAUUUAUUGUAUGAAGUGGAUAAAAUUCUUCAUCACUAAAGCUUGAUUGACAUCUGCUUUUAAACAACUAGCUCCUUAUUAAAACAUAAAAAUUAACUUUUUAAAAUUGACACAAAGAUUUCCAACUAAACAAAACACUACAUAUUUUCUUGUAAAGAUGAGAAAAUUCUAAUAAAAAUUGUUCAAUUUUCUUUUUUAAACAAGAGAAUAAUCAUUCAAGAUGGAA